AUGACUUCAUACAAUCCAUUAAAAAAUUUAUUAAAAUUAUGCCAGCCCGUUAAAAAAACUCGUCCAAUGUCAGAAAGGCAUGUAGGCACGGCACCUGAAAAUGUUAUAAAUGAUGAAAAUUUAUCGAGUUUACAUAUUGAGAAAAUUGAUAAAGACGAUAGUUCUAUAACUUUAAUAAAAGAAUCAAUAUAUGGGAAUGAAUUUUUACGUGUAUUAUUGGACGAAAAGAGAUUGAAGUUGGUAACUGAUGCUAUGUAUCUUCAAUCAUAUGCUGCAAACGCAAACAUUUUAACUGAAAAUGAACCAGGCCAUCAAUUAUUUGUUUCUGAGAGUGGGUAUUUUGAAGUACUAAAAGGCGGUUUAACUGUUAAACGAUUUAGUAGUAAAGAAGUAUUUGGUGAAUUGGGAGUCUUGUACAAUUGUAAAAGACAGGCAACAGUUCGAGCUACUACACCUGCAGAAGUGUGGGUUUUAGACCGUCAAACAUUUCAAAAGAUUAUGAUAUACUCUGACUACCAAGAACAUGAAGAAUAUGUUAAGUUUUUAUCUACAGUACCUGGAUUACAACAACUCAGUUCUGGUGUUUUGUUUAAACUGAGCGAACUUCUUGAAAAAGAAUUUUUCCCCUCCGGCAACGUGAUAAUUCGUCAAGGUGACUAUGGAGAUAAAUUUUAUAUAAUUCGAGCUGGUCAUGUAACGGUCACAAAACGUUUUCAAAAUGAAAAUGGUACCAGUGAUUUAUUUGAUGUAUCAAUGGGUAUUUUGAGCGCAGGUUGUUUUUUUGGAGAACUAGCAUUAACCAAAGCAGAUUGUAGACAAGCAACAGUAAUAGCACAAGCUCCAGGAGUUGAAUGCCUUACGCUAGAGCGACAAGCAUUUGAAAAGUAUGUUGGCAGUUUAAGUAAACUGGUAAACAAAAUGUAUGAUGUAAAAUUAAAUGAUUUUUCAAAAAUUUUGCCCACUAUUAAAAAAGAUUAUACAAAACAUAGUUUAAAAGAUUUGACACCAAUAGGAAUUUUAGGCGUUGGUGGAAUGGCAUCCAUCCACUUAGUGCAAUCAAAAAAAGAUCGUACAAAAACGUAUGCACUGAAACGUAUUAAAAAAAGAAGUGUGGAAUUAUCCAAAGAAAGAGAGCAUAUUUUUAAUGAGAAGAAUGUUUUAUUCAGUUGUGAUACGAAAUUUAUUUGCCAAUUAUAUGAAACAUACAAAGAUUCAAAAUACCUUUACUUCAUACUUGAACCAUGUUUGGGUGGUGAUAUUUGGACAUUAUUAAACGAAGAAGAAUAUUUGGAUGAAAAAUCAUCAAAAUUUGUUGUUGCAUGUGUGAGAUCUUAA